ACAAGUUGAGUCAACACCACCACCAAGAAAGAUGGCGCGGCUCCACCUCCUCGUCCUGGCCGUCUCGCUCGCCGCGCUGGCGUGGCCGGCGUCGUGCAAGCGUGUUCGGUCGGUGCUCGCUCCGGUCACCAAGGACCCCGCCACACGCCUCUACACCAUGCCAUUCCACUACGGCGCCAACCUCGUCGUCGACAUCGCCGGCCCGCUCGUCUGGUCGACGUGCGCGCCCGACCACCUGCCGGCCGCGUUCCCGUGCAAGAGCGCCACCUGCAGGCUCGCGAACAAGUACCACGUCCCGGGCUGCACCGAGAGCGCGGCUGACAAGCUCUGCGACAGCAGCCACAAGGUAUGCAGGGCCUUCCCGUACAACCCGGUCACCGGCGCGUGCGCGGCCGGGGACCUGAUCCACACCAGGUUCGUCGCCAACACCACCGACGGGAAGAACCCGGCGAGCCAGGUGAACGUGCGGGGCGACGCGGCGUGCGCGCCGAGCAAACUCCUCGAGUCGCUGCCGCAGGGCGCGUCGGGCGUGGCGGGGCUCGCGGGCUCCGACCUGGCGCUGCCGGCGCAGGUGGCGUCCGCGCAGAAGGUCCCCAACAAGUUCCUCCUCUGCCUGCCCCGCGGUCUCUCGAGCGACCCCGGCGUGGCCGUCUUCGGCGGCGGCCCGCUCCAUUUCAUGGCGCAGCCGGGGAGGGACUACGGCAAGGAGCUGGCCUACACGCCGCUCGUCGCCAAGAAGGGCAACCCCGCGCACUUCAUCUCGAUCAAGUCCAUCGCCGUGGAUAACGCCCGCGUGCCAUUCCCGGCAGGCGCGCUCACCACCGGCGGCGCGGUGCUCUGCACGAGGGUGUCCUUCACCAUGCUCCGCUCCGACGUGUUCCUCCCGGUGUUGGACGCGUUCACCAAGGCCCUGGCGAAGCAGGGCGGGCCGGUGGCGAAAGCGGUGAAGCCAUAUGCGCCGUUCCAGCAAUGCUACGACACGCGGACGCUGGCCAUCACGCGGAACGGGUACCUGGUGCCGGACGUGACGCUCACGCUGGGCGGCGGGAAGAAAUGGACGUGGGACGGGUUGAGCUCGAUGGUGGACAUGGCGCCCGGGACGGCGUGCCUGGCGUUGGUGCAGAUGGAGGGGGUGAAGGGCGGCGACAACAGCGCGCCGGCGGUGCUCAUCGGAGGGUUCCAGAUGGAGAACACCGUGGUGGAGUUCGACAUGAAGAAGAAGCGGUUCGGGUUCGCCAGGCUGCCGUCUUUCACGCAGUGCAGCCACUUCAACUUUACUAGGGCCGGCUAGACAUUUUUGUUGUCGAUCGGUGAUAAUAAAUCUGUAUCUCUAGCUAGUAGUACUAUUGGAUGCUCAGUCCCCUUGAUCUUGUUAAGUCUACAUUUUCGUGCAAGUCAUUUUUCCAAAACUGCACUUGUUUGUGCGUGGUUGAGAUUCAUAGAAUUAAACAAGUAGCAAAAUUAUCAGUA